AUGCCGCCGUUGGACGACGUCUCAGUCCAGACCUUCAAUGAGAUCAUCCGAGCUGGAGUCUCGUCCAAAUUGGUUUAUGGUGGGUUUUUGCAAUGUCAUAUAGUUUUUAAUGGUACAAGCACAGAUUUAGUUGGUUUAGUUUUUUAAAGACAAUCUAGUGUAUUUCAAAUUGUCUUUUAAGAAAGUCGACAUAGUAAAGAAUAAAAAUUUAUAUUUUACAUAUUUUUGUAAUUCCAGAAGGCUCUGUGUGUGAUGCCUACCCCUGUUGGAACGACGGUGUUUGCGUAGAAUCUAAUCUGACCCAGUCUGGCUACUUUUGCUUGUGUAAUCGCUAUUUCUCUGGCGAUCAUUGUGAUGUUCAGGUCAGGCUGUAUUUAAAUAUAUUUUUAAUUAAAAAAAUGACAUUUUAAAGUUUUUGAAAUGUUGAAUGUUGGACAUUGUUUUAGGUAGUAAACAACUGUAGUAAUAUCGUAUGUCAACCGGGUCAUGUAUGCAUAUCAUCUACUGCUACGUGUGUGCCAACAUUUGAUACUAGUAAGUUUUACUGCUAAAAUUAUUUUGUGGUGCCGCGGCAUGCCGCCACGAAAACUGGAAAUAAGGAUUCUAAAAAUUAGAAUUUUGAUAAGGUUUUUGUCAAAAACUAAAUUAUUUUUGAUAAGUAUUAUAACGUUGUCUUGAAGGAACGUUCCCCAAAUGCACAUUCGAGCCAUGUCGUAACGGCGGCUCUUGUGUUAUGUUCGAUUACGAACGACCCUUUUGUGUAUGUCCGCCCAACUUCCACGGAUUACUUUGUGAAUGUAAGUACAUGAUGUAUUGUUUUAUUUUGCUGUUACAUUUUGUCCAUAAAUUCAUAUAUACAGCAUAUACAUGGAGGACGUGUACAUCUAUAAUAUCUACACAUAGACAUUUCUGAAUAUCAUCUAUACUUCGAAAAAACAUAACUGUAAAGUUAAAAAAUAAAGAUUCAGAUUCUCAACGUGGCCCUGCCAACAUCUCCAUGGACUGGAAUAUAAUGCAGAUGCUGAUAUUGUUCGGCGUGGUAUUCUUCGUAUGUUCAGCUCUACUGACUUUAUGUUACAAUGGUAACUACAGUUGUUACCUCAAUUGGAAACGACGCUACAAGUACGACAAAUGGAGCAUUGAGCCAGAGUUCCAGUGGUACGAGUCUGACGAAGAAGAAGACGAGAAUCUUAUCAACCGGUCGAAAGUUUAUCGACCAGGGAAUCAGCUGAGUGCCACUGAUACCUCCAAGAACUGCUUUGAACUAAAGUAUGUGAUGAAGAAGUUUUAGAUGAUUUUAAACACUGUAAAAUGUUACUGUCACAUCAAGUGUUAUAUUUUAUAGUAUUAAGCCUAUACAACAUACAAACAAUAUACUUUAGAGACAAGCCAUUGCGAAUAUCUUCAACAUCAGAAUCCUUCGUAACGUACAGUGGCAACAAUGCGACGCCAUCAGAAUCUCAUCCGUCUGCACAUCCUGUAGAAUACCAAAAAUAA